GUCGAACAAAAAAGAAGUAAAAUUACAAAUAGAGGCAUCCAAUAUAACUCAAAAGCAAUUCUCGCGUUCUCCCAUCCCAGUAUCUGACUUCAAGUCUUGAUCAAAAAUCCAACCCACGUGAUGGCACAUCUCUUCUCUUACCUCCCCGUUCCAACACCCAGCUACAUAUCAGGCAAGAAAUCCAGCACUCAAAUCAAAUAUCCUGACACCGGUGUUUUCCAAGGCUUCAACCGACCAUCCCGCCUCGAAGGUUCCAUAUAUGACCUCGAAGUCUCGGGUACAAUCCCUUCAGAUAUCAAUGGGACAUUCUACCGAAUCCAGCCAGACCACCGAUAUCCGCCUGUAUUCGAAGAAGACAUUCAUUUCAGUGGCGAUGGCAACGUCUCAGCUUUCAGGUUUGAGAACGGUCAUGUAGAUUUCAGUCAGAAAUAUGUGAGGACUGAUCGAUUUGAGGCGGAGACGAAGGCGAGGAAGGCGCUGUUUGGGAAGUAUAGGAAUAUGUAUACGGACAGCGAGAUGGUGAAGGGUGUUAUCCGGACGGUAUCGAAUACGAAUGUUGUGUUUUGGAGGGGUAUGUUGUUGGCCACUAAAGAGGAUGGGCCACCUUUCGCUAUGGAUCCUGUGAGUCUGAAGACGAUCGGACGGUAUGAUUUUGAGGGCCAGGUGGAGAGCCCGACGUUUACGGCGCAUCCGAAAUUUGAUCCUGUGACGGGGGAGAUGGUGUGUUUUGGAUAUGAGGCUGGAGGGAAUGGCCAUGAUGGGAGUUGUGAUAUUGUGGUUUAUACUAUUGAUAAGUAUGGGAAGAAGACGGAGGAGUGUUGGUAUAAGGCGCCGUUUUGUGGGAUGAUUCAUGAUUGUGGAUUAAGUGAGAAUUACCUUGUGUUGCCGAUGACGCCGCUGAAGUGUACGAGCGUGGAGAAAAUGAAGAAUGGUGGGAAUCACUUUGCUUGGGAUCCGAAGGAGGAUCAGCUCUACGGGAUUGUGCCAAGGAGGGGAGGGAAGCCGGAGGAUCUCGUGUGGUUAAGAGCUGAUAAUGGAUUUCACGGCCACGUAGCAGGCUGCUACGAGAACUCAUCCGGCCACAUCGUAUUCGACCUAACCGUCGCCAGCGACAACGUCUUCUUCUUUUUCCCACCCGAAGACACACCACCCGAAACCCUCCAACAGCGCAACAAGCUCGUCUCCAACACCUACCGCUGGAUCUUCGACCCAAAAUCCAAAUCUAACACUCGUGUCACACCAGCCGAAAUCUUCCCCAUCAACGGCGAGUUCUCUAGAAUCGAUGAUCGCUUCGUAACGAAGAAGUACAACCAUUUCUGGCAAGUCCAGAUCGAUCCUACGAAACCUUACGAUUUCCAGAAAUGUGGAAGCCCAGCCGGAGGGCUUUUCAAUGCGAUUGGGCAUUUCACGUGGGAUGAGAAGGUCAAAGAUGUGUACUGGGCCGGCCCAACGACGACUUUCCAAGAACCUGUUUUCGUGCCUCGGGGUACUGGCACCAAGACAAACACAGACACCGAAAACGGGACGAAAGAAGAGGUCGAAGGCGACGGCUACCUGAUCGUCUUGCUAAACCACCUCGACGAGUUACGGAAUGAUAUCUUGAUUUUCGAUGCUUUGGAGUUGGCGAAGGGGCCCGUGGCGGCGGUUCACAUGCCAUUUAAGCUGAGGCUGGGUUUACACGGAAAUUUUGUCGAUCAGAGGGAUAUUGAAGCUUGGAAGGAGUUGAGGAAAGAGGAUGGGGAGGUGGGGCCAGUAAGGAAGGCAGAGAAGCCGUUGAAGUGGCAGCUGGCCCUCCAAAAGGAGACCAACGGGGUAAACGGGACGAACCGAACAAAUUGACUUGAAGAGUCUAUGAAGUGAUCAAAAAUCGGAAGCAAACGAGCUGGCUAUGGUGCAUGUUUACGCUCGCUUAACCUUAAUAUUCGAAGUGGAAGGAGAACAAGCAGAGAUCAAAGUCGAAAUGUCCGAAAGGAACGUUUAAGUGUCCAUUUACACACUAUAAAUUCCACA